AUGACCGUGUGCGUCGAGUGUGGCGGGACGGUCAUUGAAUAUGAUGCCGCCGCCGGAAACGGCUUUUGCGUGCAGUGUGGUACGGUUGUCGAGGAGAACACUAUCGUUAAUGAAGUAACAUUUGGUGAGACGAGUACUGGAGCUGCUAUGGUCCAGGGAAGCUUUGUAGCGCAGGGUGCCACGCACGCUCGCAUGGGAGGACCAUUUGGGAACAGAGGAAGUAGCGAGAGUAGAGAGCAGACGAUUGCUAACGGUGCGUCCUACCCGUCGUGUGAACUGUGCUUUCGUCCUGACGCCCCUCAAGCGACCCGCAAGAUAGAGCAGAUAUGCCAGCAUUUCCGUCUCUCCGAUGUCGUAUCACUUGCUGCAACUCGAUUGUACACACUUGCCCUCGAACACAAAUUCACGCGCGGCCGGCGCAGCAUGCAUGUCGUUGCGGUCUGCGUCUAUGUCGCUUGCAGACAAAAAGAGACCCGGAACUACAUGCUUAUAGACUUCUCUGAUCUGCUGCAACGGAUGCUCACAUCUGCCUUCAAGGUUAGCGUGUUCGAACUUGGCCAUACAUAUCUCCAGCUCGUCCGUACCCUCAACCUACGACUGCCGCCGAUCGACCCCUCACAUCACAUCUCACGAUUCGCCGCUUUGCUGGAGUUCGGCGACGAGACCCCUCGCGUGGCGGUCGACGCGACACGACUCGUCGCCCGCAUGGACCGUGACUGGCUUGCCCGGGGUCGCCGACCAUCUGGCAUAUGCGGUGCCGCACUCCUCCUUGCAGCACGCAUGAACAACUUCCGGCGGAGCGUCGCGGAGAUCGUACAGGUCGUCAAGAUCGCUGACAGUACGGUACGGAAGCGUCUCGAGGAGUUCCGGAAGACGAGCAGCGCGGCUCUGAGCGUUGGCGACUUCCGGAGUGUGUGGCUCGAGGAGGAGAGUGAGCCGCCGGCGUUCGUGCGUGGUCGCGAGAAGGAGGAGCGCCAGCGGGAAGAGCGGGAAAGUGGUGUAGAGGUGACCGAGAAAAGCAAAGGGAAGGGGAAGGGGAAAGGGAAGGAGAAGAAGCGGAAACGAAAACGGAGCGAAGACGAAGACGAAGAGCCCGAAGAUGUUGAAGUCCCGUCUUGGACGCAGACAGCCGAUGCUACCCCCACCAGCCUACAACCGCCGCCGCCGCCAAUAGUUAUCGACCCUACGCUAUUCAACGAGGGAAUCCUGGCCGGGAUGGCUCAGCAGCCGCUGUUUCUGCCAGAAGAGCUGCCUGACUAUGGUAUUCUUCUGCCAGAAAGCAGUGCCCGGACGUUGGUAGACGGCUCGCAGAUUGACAUGCCUGCCAAGGCGCCCGCUCUACUGGGAACAGAGGAGAUUCCGAGACCACCCUCGCCCAUCGAAGCUUCCCUCGAUGCAGCACUAACAGAAGAGGUUUCGUCUUUCCUCGAAGCCGCGCAAGGGACCAAGCUCGCCGAAGCACUCGAUAAUGUCGACGCUCAGCGCGCUGCGGAGAAAGCCGCCGUUGAAGAGCUCGAGGGGCUAGACGAAGAGGAGCUCGAUGCGUUCAUCUUAACGGAGGAAGAGGUGAAGGUGAAAGAGAGGGUGUGGGUUGAAAUGAAUAGAGAUUACCUCGAGAAUCUGGCAGCGAAAGCGGAGCUCGAGCAGAUGGGCGGAGAGACGCCGGAGAAGAAAAAGCGCAAGAAGCGGAAGACUGCUCACACGAAGCCGCGCGACGCGUCAACGCCGCACGGGGCGACAGCGGCGGAGAGCGUGAAGAACUUGAUCAAGAAGAACCCGCGGUACAGCAAGCGUAUCAACUACGACGCGCUCCGCGACCUCUUCGAUGGCGACGCGCCGGGUGCGGAGGCCGACGAGAAGCUCGAAACCGACACGGGCCUGUGGCAUAUGGACAAGGAGGACGAAGAGGCUGGUGUCCUCAUCGAGGAGGGCGGCGGCGGCGUCGGCAUGGCGUCUACGCCGAAGGCAGGGCCGAGUACGGCAGCAGCCGUUGCAACGACUGACGCGGAGGCUGUGGACGAGGACGAAGCAAUUGGCGAGAUCGAUGAGGGCAUGUACCUCUUUGCAGGCGAGAAGAUUGAUGACUACGGAGACUGGGAUGUGUACGAGCAGGAAGUAUGA